AUUAUACAGUUCAUGGCCAGGAUGCAGUAUUUGUGGCUAAGGAAGUUUUUAAGACAUCAGCUGUUGUCAAAUACCUCGGUUCAGGGGAAAAGAAGCUUGAAUCAGUGGUACUCAAUAAAAUGAAUUUUGAGUCUUUUGUACGAGACCUACUUCUGGUGAAACAGUACAGAGUGGAGGUGUACAAGAACAAGGGUGGAGCUAAAAAUAAUGAGUGGAGUCUUGGAUUUAAGGCAUCUCCAGGCAACCUGACACAGUUUGAGGAGAUACUGUUUGGAAACACUGACAUGUCAAACUCUGUUGGGGUUAUUGCUGUAAAAUUAUCAUCCGAGAAUGGGCAAAGGAUGCUAGGAGUUGGUUAUGCAGAUGCUACAUUGAGGAAAUUUCAAGUUAGUGAAUUCACGGAUAAUGACCAGUUUUCAAAUCUAGAGGCAUUGAUUGUACAACUAGGACCGAAGGAGUGUGUCCUGGCCCCCGGGGAUUCCACAGCGGAUACUGGUAAACUUAAACAAGUCCUUGACAGGAGUGGUGUUCUUAUUACAGAGAGGAAGAGAAGUGAAUUUACAAACAAAGAUGCUGUCCAAGAUCUGAAUCGUCUGCUGAAAAUGAAGAAAGGUGAACAAGGAAAUGCUGCAUCUUUAGCUGAAGUGGACAAACAGCAUGCCAUGGCAGCCUUGUCAGCAAUUAUCAAAUACCUUGAACUUCUAUCGGAUGAGAGUAAUUUUGGUCAGUUUACAUUGUCGACCUUUGACCUUGGUCAGUAUAUGAGACUUGAUGCUGCCGCUGUUCGAGCCCUGAAUCUACUCCCUAGCUCUACUGAAGGAGGCAACAAGAAUCAGUGUCUACUUGGUCUUCUAAAUAGAUGUCGCACUGCACAAGGUCAAAGGUUACUAGGUCACUGGGUCAAACAACCAUUGGUGGAUAAAAAUAGAAUAGAGGAGAGGCUAAACAUUGUUGAGGCAUUUGUUGAAGAUACAGAGCUUAGACAGAUGUUGUUUGAAGAUCAAUUAAGAAGGAUACCAGAUUUCCAGAGAUUAGCUAAAAAAUUCCAGAGGAAAAAAGCUUCAUUACAGGAUGUGUACAGAGUUUAUCAGGCAAUAGAUAAGAUGCCAUAUCUACUGGAAACAUUAGAGAAAACUGACAGUCAGCAUAAAUCACUACUCAUGGACAUUUUCAGCAAUCCUCUUAAGGAGCUGUUAAUGGACUUUGCCAAGUUUCAAGAGAUGGUUGAAGCCACCAUGGAUCUUGAUCAAGUUGAGAACCACGAGUUUGUCAUAAAAGCCGACUUUGAUGAGGGUCUGACAGCGUUAAAAGAAAAAAUGGACAAGUUAGAGGACAAUAUUAAAGGUCAACUUAACAAGGUUGCCAGGGAUCUUGGUUUAGAGCCCAACAAAGUGUUGAAGUUAGAAAGCAAUGCUCAGUUAGGAUAUUUCUUUAGAGUGACCUUAAAGGAGGAGAAAGUUUUAAGAAACAACAAGAAUUAUAUCACCAUAGAUACAAAGACCAAUGGUGUGAGGUUCCAUAACAAGGCAGUGAGAGAACUUAAUACAGAUUACCUUGAGGCGAAGGAAGAGUACGGUGAACAACAGAAAAGUGUGGUGAACGAGGUUAUUGGAAUUGCAGCUGGAUAUGUAGAACCUAUGUUGAUAAUUAAUGACAUAUUGGCACAGUUAGAUGUAUUGGUGAGUUUCUCCCAGGUGACAACAUGUGCUCCAAUACCGUAUGUUAGACCUACUGUACUGGAAAAAGGUAGUGGUAUUAUAAAAUUGAAGGAAACGAGACACCCAUGUCUAGAGAUGCAAGAUGAUAUAGCAUUUAUACCUAAUGAUAUACAGUUUGAAAAAGAUAAACAGAUGUUUCACAUUAUAACUGGACCGAACAUGGGAGGGAAAUCUACAUACAUUCGCUCAAUUGGUGUUACUGUGCUGAUGUGUCAACUGGGAUGUUUUGUGCCAUGUAACGAGGCUGAGGUCACUAUAGUUGACAGUAUACUUGCAAGAGUGGGUGCUGGGGACAGUCAACUGAAGGGUGUGUCCACAUUUAUGGCAGAAAUGUUAGAAACAGCUUCUAUACUGAGGUCGGCAACAGAGGAUUCAUUGAUCAUCAUAGAUGAGUUAGGGAGAGGCACAUCAACAUAUGAUGGUUUUGGGCUGGCAUGGGCUAUCUCAGAAAAUAUAGCGACACAGUUGAAGUCUUACUGUCUGUUUGCCACCCACUUCCAUGAGUUAACUGCCCUUGCUGAUAAAGUGCCCACUGUGAAUAAUCUACAUGUAACUGCCUUGACUAGUAACGAUACAUUAACGUUGCUGUACAGAGUUAAACCAGGUGUGUGUGACCAGAGUUUUGGAAUCCAUGUGGCAGAAUUGGCACAUUUUCCUAAACAUGUUAUUCAG